UUUUUAAAUUUGUCACGUACUUUUAUAAUUCUUAUUUAAUUUCACUGUUUUAUUGUUCACUUAUUCGUAUAAAUAUAGAGAGAGUUUUAUAAAUUAGUGCAUUUUUUACAAUUUAAUUAUAGUCUUCGAAUUUUUAAUCGAAUUCAAAAUGUACAAGAAAGAAGAAUUUUUGUUUUCUAUUGCAAUCUGUUUGCUUAUGAUACUGAAAAAUGUCAAUUCCUUCAAUUAUGAUAAGUGUGAUCCUAUGAGAUGUUCAAGGGGACCAAUAAGAUUUUACGAAGAUAUGUAUUGUAAACCAUUUUACGUUAGGGCAGGUGAUUGUUGUCCUCUAAAAUAUGAUUGCUCUGAAGUUGAUAAAUAUAAUGUAAAUGAACAUUGUUUCGCAAAUGGUAACGUUUAUGGAAUUGAUGACAAAGUAAACGACAAUGAUGUUCAAGACGAAAAAAAUUGUUAUUGCAUUAAAGAUAAUUUAAAUGUACCUAAUAUAAACUGUAAUGGUUGGAAAUGUCCUGAAGUGAGGCUUCCACGUUCUAAAAAAAAUUGUUACAUAAAAUAUACAAAUGCAACAUGUGAAUCUGAAGUAGUUUGUACUGAAGAUCCAUUAGAAUGUGAAAUUAAUGGAAAUGUACUAAAAGAGGGACAAAAGAUAACUUUACCCGGCACUGAAACAAAUAAAGAUUGUCUUUGUCAGCAGGAGAUUGAAGACGUAAUGAAAAUCGGAAAGAUUUUUUGCUAUGAUAAGAAAAAUUUCUGUGGACGAGAAUCUUUGUUUAGAAAAAUUUUAACCGAAAAAAGAGCUCCUCUUUAUUACAGUGAUUCACAUAUUCAUCCUCAAUCUUAUUGUCCGGUCUUUUCAAAAGCUUAUAGAAAGGGUGACACUGUAAUAUCCAAUUUAGAAAUGCCUGAUAGUUUUGGAAAAUGUACGUUUGGUCCACUUACAAUGGGAGUUUUUUCGAGACUAAACAAAUAUAAUGCAGUACAAAAUACAUACAGUUGCGCAAUUUGCAAAUGUGUAAUUGCACCAACUCUCACUUGUCAAGUAUUGCCAUUGGAUGAGUGUCAAGAGAAAUUUGAAGAAUUUAAAAGAAAAAAUCCAGACUAUAUUGAUAAACUUAAUAAUUGUACAUUAAUUGAUAAAGAUUUAUGAGGAAGAAACUAAUAAUUGAAAUUUCCUCAUUAAGCUAUUGCUUAGGAAUAUUUUAAUAUUAAAAGAAAAAACAAUUAUGAAUUUUUGUACUAGAUUUAAUUAUUUAGUAAUAAAUAAGUUACUUUUUUGAAAUUUUAUAAAGAAAUUUGCAAAAUAUUCUUGCAAAACUUAUUGGCUUGUAUAUAAUUUGCGUUCAAUUAUUUUCGACUGUCAAAAUGUUAUGGCAAAAUUAAAAAGAAAAUUUUUAAAAACAGGUUUUUUAAUCAUAAUAAGUAUAAAUAAAUAUUAUUUACAUUUAUAAUCGCAUUUGUUAUGAAACAAAUUUAUGAAUAAUGUAAUGAUAAUGUUCUAGUAAUGUAAUAAUGUUCUAAUAAUGUAUUGUAAUAUUAAAA